UCCAAGGCCGAAAUCCCAAAAAGCCCAAAAGUCUCCUUUUAAAACUCAAAAGCCCUUGUAAUCAGUCGCCAUUGCUGCUGGUGCUGGGGUUUGUAUUGCUGAGCGGCGCACAUCUUCAACAGUAUCUCACGAGCUCAGCUGCUCUUCCACCAUGGCCGUAGGAAAGAACAAGCGAAUUUCAAAGGGAAAGAAGGGAGGCAAGAAGAAGGCUGUCGAUCCAUUCGCAAAGAAAGAGUGGUAUGAUAUCAAAGCCCCUUCAGUUUUCAGCAACAAGAACGUUGGGAAAACCCUAAUUACCCGUACUCAGGGUACCAAGAUUGCCUCAGAAGGGCUCAAGCACCGUGUGGUCGAGGCGUCCUUGGCUGAUCUUCAAGGUGAUGAGGAUCACGCAUACAGAAAGAUUCGCUUGAGAGUUGAAGAUGUUCAAGGAAAGAAUGUGCUUACCAACUUCUGGGGAAUGGACUUCACCACUGACAAGCUGAGAUCACUUGUAAGAAAAAGGCAGUCUCUUAUAGAGGCUCAUGUGGAUGUGAAAACAACUGAUGCCUACACUCUGCGGAUGUUUUGCAUUGCCUUCACGAAGAAGCGUGUGAACCAGCAGAAGGUUACAUGUUACGCUAAGACCAGCCAAGUUCGCCAGAUUCGGAGGAAGAUGCGGGAGAUCAUGGUCAACCAGGCCCAGUCCUGCAGCCUGAAGGAGUUGGUACAGAAAUUCAUUCCUGAGUCAAUCGGGAAGGAGAUUGAGAAGGCUACAUCGAGCAUCUACCCGCUGCAGAAUGUUUAUAUUAGGAAAGUCAAAAUCCUGAAAGCUCCGAAAUUUGAUCUGGGCAAGUUAAUGGAGGUGCACGGAGACUACACUGAAGAUCUCGGUGCAAAGCUGGAUAGGCCGGUUGACGAGCCCAUUGCCGAGCCAACAGAGGUUGUUGGUGCGUAGAUGGCCUCAGUUAGCUUUAUGUUGAAAUGGAGACAUGAAUGUGUUAUGUUUUUUUGCGAUACAGUUUUGAAUUUUGUUAUAAUCGUGGUAUAUCCCCGAUUUCCUGUACUUCACUUUGUUACGGAUCAGUUGGAAAAAUUUGCAUUCUAGUUUUACUCAUUUUAAUUGAGACGAAUAUAUUAGCUCUUCAA